ACUGAAUUUAAUGUAGGAGAAGUGUGGGAGGGUUGAAACAUAUUAAAGCAUGCUCUCUGGGCUAUUUUAUCAAUUCAACUUCCCUUUUCCUACUUUUUAUUUUCUUGCCUUAUUCCAUCUAGCAAUCAUGAACUACAACACUUGCUUUCAUCUUCUUUUAGCUUUUUUCAUACCAUGUUCCGUACUUUGCUUGGCUAUGACAGCCAGGAACCUAAACUCCGAUCAGUUUGCGCUUCUCGAGUUUAAGGAUCGCAUUGCUGGUCCUCAAAAUGUCUUGGCAAACAAUUGGACGGCCUCUACCUCUGUUUGUAAUUGGAUUGGUGUUUCAUGUGGCAUCCUCCAUAAAAGAGUUACAGCUUUGAAUCUUACAAGCAUGAAUCUUAGGGGUACUAUCCCUCCACACCUUGGAAAUCUUUCAUUUCUACUUUCUCUCGACUUGAGUAGAAAUAAUUUAUAUGGCCAACUCCCUAAAGAAUUGGGCCAAUUGCAUCGUUUGAGGAUCCUUCUAUUAAGCUACAACCGUCUUAAUGGGGAAAUUCCAUCUUGGCUUGGGAACUUACAGCGAGUUCGAAGGCUGAAAAUGAAAAAUAAUAACUUUACAGGCACAAUCCCUGAAACACUAGUUAACAUCUCUAAUCUAGAGAUCUUGUACUUGGGAUUCAAUCAAUUAUCUGGUCAGGUACCAUCUUCCAUCUUCAAGAUUUCUUCUUUCAAGAUUAUUGAUCUUUCCAGCAAUAGCCUAUCAGGUACUUUGCCUAAUGAUAUGUGUCAACAUCUUCCCAAGCUUGAAGGGCUUUACUUGAGUUGGAACGAAUUAUCUGGUAACAUUCCAUCAAGUAUGGACAAAUGCAGCAACCUUAAAUAUUUGUUCUUGUUCUGUAAUCAAUUUAUGGGGAUCAUUCCAAAAAAUAUUGGAAAUCUGAUACGAUUCCAGGAAUUAUAUUUGGGAUUUAAUAAUCUAGAAGGUCAAAUUCCUAAGGAAAUCGGUAAUCUUCUUGAUUUAGAACUGGUUAAUAUUAAAGCAAUUAAGGGCCUUACAGGUCAGAUUCCAACUUCGAUCUUCAACAUUUCUGCUUUGAGGACCAUUGGUCUCCACAACAAUAGCCUAUCAGACCCCUCAAUAGAUGGUAUUAUUCUUGUGUUGGCAUUUUGUCUCUUGAUUUCGUAGAGAACCUUAUGGGUUCAUAGAGUUUUUUAGGGUAGCAGCGAUUACCUAGCAAACAACACUCAGAAGACUUCUCUUGAAGGACUUGAUCUCCCUCAACAAAAACUCAAAUACAAGGUCUAUUAUGGGUGAUCAUAGUUUAACCAAUCAAUGGCAUAUAAAUUUUGUCAAUUUUCAAGUGUUUUCUGAGUAUUUUUCUUCAUUUUCUUUUAGAUUGUUUAAUGCAUAGACAAGUCUAACACAAUGGUCUUAAUUGAGCUAGCUUACAUCACUAGUUAAUUUGCUACUUUUCAUUUAUUUAAAGUUAUUUAGGGUGUUUUCUAUUUAAUUUUAUCAUAAUUGAAUGUUUCAUUUAUAA